AUGCGGCUGACAAGUCGAGUCAGCGCGUUCCUCAUGAUCAUGAUGCGAGGGAGCAUGAUGCCCACAUUCAUCUCUCUUUUUCUCGUCGCCAGCUGCUCCACUCGCGCAGCUGUCGGUCAGAACGUCUCUGUCGCCACAAUAGAGUUUCGGUCACCCGUUGAUGCUGAUUUGCUGACGUUCCAAGGCCGCCCCACCAGUCGCGCUCUGGCGGGCGGUGACGCAUCGGCGGAAGGCGUUGGCGGAGCAACACCGUGGCAGGUGCAGGCAGCGGGGCGCGCGGAAGCAGCGGGACGCGCGGGACCAGCAUCCGCGGAGGUGGUGGGGAGUGCGGAGACUGAGGAAGGGGGGCCGGUGGCGUUUGGGGGGCGUCGCAUAUCGUCGCUGACUGGCAUCGCAACAGCGGGGAGUCAGAUGAAGGGGCGGAGUCCCGCGGAUGGGCUGACUCCGCGGGGCGUUCGCGGAACGACAGGGGAAGAGAAAGGCGCGCAAACGCAGAGGCGGGGUCGGGGCGUGGGGAAGCACAAACCGCACGCGGGGUCGAACAAACCGGGCAGCAAAACGGGCAAGAAAACGGGCAGAAAAACGGGCAGGAAGAGAGCUGCGGAGGAUCCGCUUUUCCCGUGGGUGGGGAAACCGAGACUG